UUCCUUGCGCGGAGGCUGCAUCCGGGCCACCGCAGGGAACGCGGGGGCGUGCGAAUGUCAAGGAACCCUGGCCGCGCUGCGUCACACGCGCUCCGCCAGUCGCAGCCGACAUGUCUGCGCGUGCGCAUGCCUCCUCGUGUCACACCAUCGCGCUCUUGCUGCUCCUAGCCCCGACUCGACUCCUCAUUGCUGAAAACAUUCAAUGUCACAGAGAUGGUCUUUAUGCGGACUAUAGUACAAACUGUCGCGAGUACGUUCGGUGCGCAGAAGGGGCGAUGAAAGGCCGGUACACUUGCGCGGCUGACAGAGCCUUCAGCGAGGUGGCGGCGGCGUGCGUGCCUCGGCGCCGGCAGCCCUGCAUCCGCCGCGAGUGCGCCCCGGGAGACUCCCUGGCAUACGCCACCCCCGGCACUGCCUGCCGACAGUACUACCGCUGCGAGAACGGCACCGCGGUGGAUCACUCCUGUCCAUCGGGGUCUUGGUUCGAUAUUGAUCUCCAAGCUUGCACUAGAGGAGCCGGAACUUGCUAUGAACCACUGUGCACUGGACUCGCCGAUGGAAAAUAUCCGGACUCCUCACAUGAAUGUCGGCGAAUGCUGCAUUGCCGCGGCGGCGAACUGAAAGGAGUAUUCUCUUGUCCAGGGGGCAGCUGUGUGCAGUCGUGUCCUCCGCCACGCUCUGCUGCUAUCCCUUUGCCGGCGGGCGAUGCAGAUUUCUGUUCAGAUGAAGCGUGUUCAUCAUUGUGCCAACAAGCGAAUGAUGGUGCAUACGCCGACCGUUUGACUGGGUGCCGCGAGUAUUUUGUGUGUGAAUCCCAUCGUGUGAUCCGGCGUGGUGUCUGUGAACCGGGACAUUUGUUUUCGGGCAGAGGAUGUGAGCCCGCCGAGCGCACCGUGUGCCCGCAGCCAGCGAGGAGUCCGUGCUUCAAUCGACCUGACGGCUUGCACAGAGAUUGGCGGGACUGUUUCUCAUGGUUCGAAUGCCGGCGAGAGCGCGUCAUAGCUCGCGGUUCUUGUGAUCGCGGCUUAGUAUUUGACGGCUCCGUUUGCGUUCCACGUAAUACAUUUGUGUGUGAAGGCCCAGAGCACACGAUUCAGUGUCAAGGAUUUCCGAGCGGAACUUAUCAGGACUUUGAAUCCAACUGCACGCGAUAUUACCACUGCGAAGGUUCGCUUCGUACUAUGUUUGAGUGCGAAGCGGGUUAUGUGUAUGAUGGUGUUCGGUGUUCGCCUGCGGAAACAUAUUUGUGUCCAAGUCUGGAUCGGGACUCGUGUUACGGUCGUCCGGACGGGCGGUACCGCGGGCUGGACACGGGGUGUCGAGGGUACUAUGCGUGUGCGGCGGGGGAGAAGGCCACAUACGCAUGCGCAGCCGGCAGUGUGUUUGACGGAGAAUCAUGCGUGUCUCCUCGUCCAGGUCUCUGUCCCGUUGAAGACUAUUCCUGCUCCGGAUUAUCUGACGGCUAUCACGCUGAGAUUGAAUCUGGAUGUCACAGAUACUUCUACUGCGAACGCGGCGAUAGAUUGACUACGUUGUCCUGUCUCGGGGGAAAGAUUUUCGACGGGCACGCAUGCGUAGAACCUUGGCACCACCAAUGCGGCGCACCGCCGCCGCAAGCGGUGGAAAAUGGCGGGAAAUUCUGCGAAAGGGACGGCUUCUUCGUCCAGCUCAAGACCCAGUGCCAACGAUACUACUUCUGCGUCACAGGAAUAAGGACUUACCUCUCGUGCCCAAUCGACAAUGUCUUCAACGGCCAAGUGUGUGUUCCUAAACACCAAUAUUCGUGUCCAGGCUGAACUUAUCUGAUGUGUCGUGAGUGACUUGAGAACAUAAGGGAUCGCCGACGAACGCACGGAGACUAAGUACCUGAGCAUGAUAGAAUAUUGCUGUGAACCGAAAUCGGACGUUCGCCCACUUUUGUGUCAUAACUAUAAAAUCUCGUCAACGCUUCCUUUUUAUCUACCUCUGUAUAUAAUAAUAGACUUUUAUAGUUUA